AUGACAUCUGCGAGGAGGAGGAGGAGGCGGGUGAGGUUCGCACUGUGUCCGAUUCGCGAGCAAAUAGUCUGUUAGAGUGAAACUGAAAAGUAGAACGAGAACCACGACUGGUUGUAAGACAGUAACUGUGAAGAACGAGGUUUCAUUUGGAUUUGGCUGCUAAAGGAGGACGCGGAGGGCUCAGAAAAAGAGUGUCAUGGCCGCCCCGUUUACUGAGCUGCCCUCCUAGACCAUCUGAUAUCUAGAUACACAUACCGUAACGUCCGCCUAAUUCACACACGCCCACUCCGAGGCAUGACGACCUCCCACCUGAACGGCCGUGUCGCUGAGGAAAGAGGAGGAGGAAGGGGAAGAGGAGGCGAUGAAGAGCUAAGGGGAGGACAGCAGCAUCGGGAGAUGGCCGUUGACUGUCCAGGAGAGCUGGGGAGUCGAACGCUGCCAAUCCGACGCUCCACACAGCUGGAGAGGAUACGACAGCACCAGGAAGAUCUGCGUCGUCGCAGAGAGGAGGAGGGUCGGCAGCUGGACCUGAAUGCCUCGCUCCGACUCAGGAAGCUCUCCCAGCAUCCCCACAUCGGCAUCGACAACCCCACAUUCCUGCAGGACUCGCACACAUCGCAGCAACCGCCACUCGGCAUUCAGCACACACAUGCACUGCUGGAGUUGGAGGAGUUGCUGCUGUCCCUGAAGCAGGUCCGAGGCAGCCUGUCCGACCAGCAGAGUCAGCAUGACGUGGAGCUGGUCCUCGCGCUACUCAACAAGUCUGACUUCCAGUCGGCCCUGAAGAUCCAUAAUGCCGUGGCCACCAGCAUGCACCGGCCCUCUCCUCCAUACCCACACACACAACAGGCUCUUCAGCUGGCCCUGGAGACGAGAAGUCUCAUCCAGUCAAGUCAGAACAAAGAGGGCCUGGAACUCCACAGCCUGCUGUCGGACACACACAUCCAGUCAUUGCUCCUGGCACAUGACAGCAUAGCGGAGACAGAGAUGCAGCCUGAGCCGCUGCCCUCCGAAGGAGAGACUCUGACCCAGUGGGGAGGAGAGACUGUGAAGAUAGUUCGCAUAGAAAAAGCCCAGGACAUCCCUCUGGGGGCGACUGUCCGUAACGAGAUGGAAAGCGUCGUGAUCAGUCGCAUCGUUCGAGGCGGAGCAGCUGAACGUAGCGGACUCUUAUCAGAAGGAGAUGAAGUACUGGAGAUAAACGGCGUGGAAAUCAGAGGAAAAGAUGUCAACCAAGUGUUUGACAUACUUGCGGACAUGCACGGCCUGUUGACCUUUGUGCUUAUUCCCAGCACUCAGAACAAACCUCCUCCUGUCAAAGAGUCUGUGAUCCACGUGAAGGCCCAUUUCGACUACGACCCAUCAGAUGACCCAUACGUGCCGUGCAGAGAGCUGGGCUUGUCCUUCCAGAAAGGAGAUAUUCUCCACAUUAUCAGCCAGUCAGACCCCAACUGGUGGCAGGCGUACCGGGACGGGGACGAGGACAACCAGCCUCUAGCUGGACUGGUACCAGGGAAGAGUUUCCAGCAGCAGAGAGAAGCCAUGAAACAGACCAUAGAAGAAGAGAAGGAGCCAGAGAAGUCUGGGAAGCUGUGGUGCGCAAAGAAGAACAAGAGGAAGAGAAAGAAGCUGCUGUUCAACACUAACAGGAAUGAUGACGUUGAUAACGAGGAGGUUCUCACCUAUGAGGAGAUGGCUCUGUACCACCAGCCGGCCAACAGGAAACGGCCCAUUGCACUGAUUGGUCCAACCAGUUGCGGGCAGGCGGAGCUUAGACAGAGACUGCUCAACAGCCAACCAGAACGCUUCGCUGUAGCUGUGCCCCACACCACGCGGAGCCGCCGGGAUUGCGAGCUGAGUGGCCGUGAUUACCACUUUGUAUCUCGUCAGACUUUUGAGGCGGAGCUGGCAGCAGGGAAGCUGAUAGAGUCGGGAGACUAUGAGAAGAACCUGUACGGGACGAGUACAGACUCAGUGAGACAGGUCAUCAACACUGGAAAGAUCUGUGUGCUCUGUCUGCACACACAGGCUCUAAAGGUGGUCAGGAGCUCUGACUUGAAGCCGUAUAUAAUCUUCAUAGCUCCGCCCUCCCAAGAAAGACUCCGAGCCCUUUUGGCUAAAGACAACAAGAACCCCAAGCCCGAGGAGCUGCGGGACGUCAUUGAGAAGGCGCGGGAGAUGGAGCAGAGCUGCGGCCACCUGUUUGAUGGCGUCAUCGUAAACACGGACCAGGACAAAGCCUUCAAUGAUCUGCUACGACUCAUCAACAAGCUGGACACUGAACCCCAGUGGGUGCCUUGUUCCUGGCUGCGCUGAGAACACACACACUGUGACACUGCUGAGCUUCGAUGGAGUAUUAAGGCCACCGCCAGGAGAGAACAAGUGCUUUUACAGUGGAAAUUAUUCGAGAUAAAGUUGUUAUUUCACUACAUAUAAUAUUGCAACCUAAAGUGGGUUUUUUACAAUACAAUGUCAUAAUGUUAAGAGAUAAAUGAUAAAACAACUAUCAUAUGAAUUAACAUAGUUUUAGUCAUAAUAUUAAGAAAUUCAAUUAGAUUUUUACCUGACCGAAUUCUACGCGACCUUUUCCUCAUAAAACCGUUUUCUUGUAGUUUUAAGUAAAAAUAAUAUUACAACUUCAGUAAAUGGUAUAUUCUUAAAAUAAUUAUUGUCUUCCUUAGCAAACUAUGACUUUAUCUCUACAUUUGUUGAAAUGUGACUUUUGUUGUGAUUCCCACUUUAUAGUCAGAACAUCUUGACGUUUGUCUUUUCUGACCUUUGACCCUAACACUCCAUUGAUCUGCAGAGUACAAGAAGUAGAAUGUAUUGACCUGUUGGCACUGUAAAGGACAAAUCUACAAGUGGAUUAGCAUUGUGUGAAUGGACAGAUGUUGGUUGGUGUGCGACAUUCAUCUUUUUCUUAUCAUAUUCAUUCUUAGAGACCAAAUGUGGACCUUUUCGUCUUAACUUACUCCAAAAUGAGGCCUCGUUCAUGACGCACCCUUUGCCUUGAUUCUGUCAGCAUUUCAAUUGUUAUGAUUUCCAAUAGUUAAAUGAUCACAUUCACCAUUAUUUGAACUUAAUGCAGUGUCAAGAAACCUUGUAAAGAAUUAGAUUUUGUGUUGAGGCGUUUUUAGUUGUUGUCUGAAACAGGUUGGCUCUGAGCACAGAAGAGGCCCCUGGUGAGAAGUAGACGUGACACUGAGAUUCAUGAAGUGCUCUUUUAGAUCCACGCUGCAAAGAACACGCACACACCCACACACAGUGCGUUAGACGCUGACUUUACCCAGACGUCUUUGUGGCCUUCUUCACACUGACUGAGCGCUCUGUCGAGGCUACUACAAUGAACACUAAAACUAAGGACGCAGCACUUGAUUCUUCCUCUCUGACGGCUUUGUCUUUCUGUCCUGUGUGAUCACAUUUAGGUAGUAGUGACGUCUGAGCCUGUGCAGGUACAGGAAAUCAGGAAGUUGUAGUUUUAGUUGUGAUGCUGAGUUAUUAUAUAUUUAGUGUGUGGGUGUUUGUGUGAAUGGAUUUGUGUGUGUGUGUGUGUGUGUGUGUGUGUGUGUGUGUGUGUGUGUGUGUGUGUGUGUGUGCACCUGUCUUUGACGACAGCAAAGUAUUAUUCUGAUCUGAGAUAGACCUGACAAAAUAUCACUCAUCACUGGCUAAAGCAUUUAUAUAUUUGUAAUAUUGUAAAAUAGAUCUAUGAACUCCAGAAUGCACCAAUAGGAUUGCAGGUUUCACCUUUUGCCUCAACUGCCAUUGGUCCAGGAGGAGAAGGGGGCGGAGCUCAGCAAAUUAACUGUUGAAUGUAAGGUUAAUCAAUCAGACAUCACUUCUUGAGUAAAUCUGCUUUUUGUAUGAAUAUUCACAAUGAAUAAAUAAAUAAAUGGUUAAUUGAAAAUUAA